UUUGCUGGCCUAGAACCUUCCAGCUAUCCAUUAAUCAAAUCAAAUUUAGGGUUUUGUUAGGGUUUAUUCUACUGAUUCACGUCCCAAAGCCACAAGUCCAACUCUUUCUCUCUCUCUCUCUCUCUCUCUUUUAAUUUACCAUAAAAAAUUUAGAUUUGAUUUCUUAGUACAGACAGAGGGAGGAAGAAAUAAUUAUACAAAGAUAUAAAUAUAGAUAAGGGCUAAAAGAAAGAAGAAAACCUGAGAGAGAGGUCGCAAAUGGUUGGGUCAAAUGGCAUUACUCUUAUUCAAAGCUUGGCUAGGCGCUCGCAUUCCCUUUCUUCCAACAUUUUCCAGCCAAAUUCUAUGUAUAAGACUCUUAUUGCUGGGGGUUUUAGGAGUUUCACUACCGGCCUUUGCAAUCCAGUUAACGUUGUUAGAAAUCACACUUCCCAAUUUGCUAAAACUAGAAACAGCUUGAUUUUGGGACUUUUAAAUGCAAACUUGGGUGCAACACGAUCAAUUCAUGGCACUGCUAUCAUGUCUGCUAGGGAUUAUUACGAUGUACUUGGUGUAAACAAGAAUGCUACUGCACCUGAAAUAAAGAAAGCUUAUUUUGGGCUUGCAAAAAAGCUCCAUCCAGAUGUCAAUAAAGAUGAUCCUGAAGCUGAGAAAAAAUUUCAAGAAGUUUCCAAGGCCUAUGAGGUUUUAAAAGAUGAGAACAAGCGUGCAGAGUAUGAUCAGGUUGGUCAUGAAGCAUUUGAGCAGCAGCAAAAUACUAGCGGCUUUAAUGAGGCGGAUUUUAAUCCAUUCAAAUUCAGCAACCUUCAUGAUAUAUUCAACAUUCAGGAUAUAUUCAAAAAUACAAUUGGUGGCGAAGAUAUCAAGAUUGCGAUUGAACUAUCAUUUAUGGAAGCUGUUCAGGGAUGCACCAAAACAGUGACAUUCCAAGCUCCAGUGCUUUGUCAAGCUUGUGGUGGAGAAGGUGUUCCUCCUGGUGUGAAACCUGAAAGAUGCCGGUAUUGUGGAGGCUCAGGCAUGAUAUCUAUCAACAAGGGUUUUAUGAGUAUUCGUUCUACUUGUCCUCAUUGUAGUGGAACUGGUCAGUUUGUAUCGAAACUUUGCAAGUCAUGCAAUGGAGCUAGGUUAGUGAAAGGACCAAAAACGGUCAAAUUGGACAUAAUGCCAGGAGUGGAUAACAAUGAAACAUUGAAGGUUUAUGGAAGUGGUGGAGCAGAUCCUGAUAGAAAUCAUCCUGGGGAUCUUUAUGUUACCAUAAAGGUCCGACAAGACCCAGUUUUUCGUAGAGAAGGUGCCAACAUUCAUGUAGAUGCUGUUUUGAGUGUUAUUCAGGCAAUCUUGGGAGGAACUAUCCAAGUCCCAACUCUUACUGGUGAUGUCGUGCUCAAGGUCCGCCCUGGCACUCAACCUGGCCAGAAGGUAGUUCUGAAGAAUAAAGGGAUUAAAACACGGAACUCUUACACGUUUGGUGACCAAUAUGUGCAUUUCAAUGUUAGCAUCCCAAAGAAUCUGACCCCAAGACAACGUGAAUUAAUUGAAGAGUUUGCUAGAGAAGAGCAAGGUGAAUAUGAUAAGCGUGCUGCUGGGGCAUCUGGUUGAAGAAGAGACCAGAAUGGCUUUCAUUUUUUAUAAUCAAUCCAAAGUUAUCUUGGUGACAAAGAAGAGGCAUAAAGAUGAGAAAUUGGAUUAUUAGUAAUAACUCAUGUUUUGGACGUUUUGUACAAGUAAAUUUUAGAUUGCAUUAACUUUUAUUUACUUGUGUAAGGUAUUUAAGUUUUUUUCACUUGCAGAUGACAUUGAUCCAUCAUUUUGCAACCAACGGUGGUAUUAUAUAUAAUACAUGUAGGUGUAAGUAUAAUAUAGUUGCUACACGACGCCACUGUUGUAUUGUGGCAGAUUUGACUGGUUUGCUGAAAUUUUUUAAUAGCAUUGAUAGAGAUCCAGGGAGAAAUGGUUG